GUUAUCUUUACAACCGUGCCACUCACUUUAUUCAGUUAGAAAGUUGAUACAUUGCGGAAUCCCAGGGAUGUAAAAAUCCAAAAAUAGAUUAUGAAAGAUGUUCGACAGAGGGGGAAAAGAGAGAGCCACAGCUCAUCAGAUGAAAGAGAGGCUCCCCCCGCACCAAAACAGCCCCAAAACCCCCUGCGCGACGCUCUCUCCACACACACCUGCCCCGUCCAUCACACUGAUGUGGCCCCGGACGUUCCUCCAUGUGUCCGACGGGCUCAUCUGCGGCACUGAGCUCCCUGUUCAAGGGCAGGAUUGGUGCUACCAGUCACAGUUCACCUGUGAUCAUGAGUGCAAUGUGCCAGACAAGUGGAACCAGGCUAACAGCGACUGUGCAGGGAAAUACCAGUCGCCCAUCAACGUUGUCACCAGAAAGACUUUGAAAGAUGAGCGACUGACCAAUUUCCAGUUUGAUAACUACCAGCAGAUCUUCAGAGGCACAAUCAAGAACAACGGACACUCGGUUCAGGUUAGAGUUCCUCACCUAAGCACCAUCUCAGGUGGAGGCCUGCCAACCAGCUACAAGGCUGUGCAGUUCCACCUGCACUGGGGCAACAAUGGAGGGCCUGGCUCGGAACACACCAUCGAUGGGGAGCAGUAUCCCAUGGAGCUGCACAUUGUUCACAUGAAGCACCAUUACACUGAUCUGACAACAGCACUAUCAGACCCAGAGGGAGUUGCAGUCCUUGGGUUUUUCUACGAGAGGUCCAAUAGUGCAAACCGAAAGUAUGACCCCAUCAUCAAUACUCUGCGAAGCAUCAAAGCUACAAAUGGCAAUACCACUUUGCUUCCGAUCUCCCUGGCACAACUGAUCCCAUCUGAGCAGAAUCUGACCACCUACUACCGCUAUAAGGGUUCUCUGACCACCCCAGGGUGCACUGAAGCUGUGAUUUGGACUCUGUUUGAGAAUCCCAUCCCUCUGAGCAUGGACCAGCUGCAGGCGUUCUCUGAGCUCAAGUUUCCAGAUGGGAAGCCAAUGGUGGGGACCUUCAGGCCGGUCCAGCCCCUAAACGGUCGUCAGGUGUUCCGGUCGGGAGGCGCAGUGAUGUUAGCCAGCUCCACCCUCCUUGUGGCCGCCAUCGCCACAGCCUUGGGACUGUCCCAACCCAACUAGAGGCGAGGCAUCCCAUACUGCACUGCGACAUCCAUGAACACAAUAAGUUCUGUAUCACUCCUCAGCUGAACCCUGGUUUAUAACAUCUUCAUCGCAUGGUUGCUAAGAUGAUCGACCACGUCGUAGUGCAGGCAUAACUCACCCGGUGUUCCUCCCUUGCAACACCAAUGACAAAGAUGUUCAAGGAAUGCCUUACGAAAGGUGUUGCAAGGGUUCGACCAGCGUUCAUGCAUGCAUAGUGAAGCAGUAGGUCUUAUUUCAGCAUUAUGAAUGUGCCAUACAGCAGGUAUACCAAGCACUCAAAAUGACAACUGAAUUCCAACUCGACACCAGAUCCCUCAGUUAUGCCCUCAUUUUUCAUGCAUCACCCUAUAAACACCAGCACACACACAUUAUCGUACACUUUAGACCUCAUCCCCCUUGUCUAAUGUCAAGGUAAAUUUAGUCUCUGCUAAUGUCAGUGUGAGUUGCCGAUGGUUUGCGCUCUGAGUGCCGAUGUCAGCCCCAUGACCUGGCACGUGAUGUGUUGUUCUCAGUGGGGCAUGUGAACAGCAUGGAGCUAUUAAUAGCAGAACUGAGUCACAGAAACCCAGCUCCAUUUCAAAGCCAGCGGUCAAAGGAGUCAGCAGUUUGGCUUUUCUAUCAAGUCCAGGAGCACACAGCGCGGCCGCCAGGUGAACCCCGCGCAGCCACUCAGUCAGCAGUUGGUUUGGGAGAGGAGGGGAGGGGGAGGGGUGUAUGGUCUGGCCUUUCUCGUCAGGAACAACUGCAUGCUGUUCUGAGAGCAGAGCUACAGUCUGGCUCCUCCCAGAUUUAGAAGGUAUUGUUGAAGAGGCAGAGAUGCUAAUGCUAAUGGUUGCUCAUAAAGCAAGUGGCAGCCAUAGGUAGCAGCUUGGUAUCAGAGGGAAGAGGGAGCAUCUGCGGCGCUUGGAGCAACAACCAAACCAACCAUAAAAUGUCACUUCUCUUUUCAAACCAAUAUCAUUAUUUCCAUGUGUCUCAAAUACUUGCAUGAAUCCAACAUGCAUGAAUGUCUUGAUGUUUCAGAUGUUUAUUAUGAGCUACAUGUAUAGUACAUGGCUGCUGGAGUGAAGCUGCACACACUAAACUGUUGCUUGCCAAAAUUCAUACACACACCUCAGGCACUCCAUUUCCCAUUUUUGACGCGUGAAGUUCAGUAGCUUAUGUGACUGUGUUCAUGGCUUUUAUUACAGGGUCUCGGAUGCACUGAACGUUAACGACUGUGAAUUACACCCCACUGAGUUCUCGCUCAUUUAUUCAGGAGGACUUGUUAUGUAUUCUAGUGAGAGAUCUGUGCAAUUUUCCAGCAAGAUUUACUGUGAUGAUCGAGCAAGGAAUCUGUAUAUUUUCCAUUGUUUCAUAGGGCAUCAAGUUAUAUUUCUAUGCUGUGUCACUGUACACAUGUAUUUAUGUACUGAAUGUGUAUAUUAAUAUGAGAAGCACAGUUAUUGUUAUUUAUGUAUUGCAAAGUUUAUAUCGUACUGAAUGCAAACCCAUAUUGAAGCAUCAAGUUGUUCAUGACCAAUCGAGUUUACUUAUGAUGUUAAAGUGUAUGAGAUUGUCAAGUUGUAAUGCUUGAGAGUGUCAUAAAUAAUAUGGAGAAUGUGUUCCAACUGCGCAAAAGAAUAAACUACU